GGUCCGGUCCAGACCACGCCUAUGCGGUCUGGUCUGGUCCAGAUAGACCACACUCAACGAAAAAUGAAUAAUUUGCUUAGUCAAGCACACAAAAAAUUGAACCAAUAACAAAGAAAAAUAUUGUUAUUUUCCUUAAAACAUUAAUCCUAACAUGCACAAAUAAUUUUGAUACUCUAAAUCUUAGUACAUAACAAAGAUACAAAGUAAAAGCAUCCCAACUUGCAUCAUAACGUCAUAAACAUUAACAUAAUAUCAUAUGGAGACACGAUUAUGUCUACUCUCUCGUUAAAUGUGGUUGUGAAUGAAGGAGGGACGAGAUUCACAAAACUAAGGUUGAGACUUGGGUGUCGUUUGGGAGUUGGGAGAGUAGUCGAAUGGGCUGUUAAUACGUAUUGACAAGUCAGUUAGGUCCACGGUUUGGUCCGUUAAACUGCAGUCUAGACCAGACCAGACCAGACCAAGAGAUCAAAACAUAAAAUAAUACAGCCCAUGGACCAGACCAGACCAUACUUAACGGUCUACGGUCCGGACCAAACUGUGCGGUAUGGUUUGGACCACGUUUUUUCUAACGGUCUGGUCUAUUUUCCCAGCCCUAGUUAUACUCAUUGAGAUAUCAUAAUUAUCAUUUUAUAAGUUCGGUAAUUUAACAUAAUUAUCAUUUUAUAUUCUUUUUAUACCCGCGCGUGUGGAUAGAAAACUGGCUGCGCGUGGGAUAGGUUUAUUGUAUCUUUAGUCAGGAUACCCGGUUGGUUACUCACAGUCACAGGUUCACAGCUUAAGCCAAAUCCCAAAUAGCAAGCAAGCAAUCUAUGCCCCACUAGCCAGCCACUGUAAUCUAAUCCUUCCAUUCCAUUGGCUUAGGUCCCAAUUCCCAAAGCUUCGCCUCCAGAAGUCCCGAUUCUUCCUCCUCUCUGAAAAUCGCGGCCCGCUUGAUUUUGGCGGGUAAGUUCUGUAUCCAUCAACCAGCUGAUUUUGACUUUUCUGCAGCUCUGCUUUUCUUCUCUGGCUUCUGCUAUGUGAAAGUGAAACCCCUUUCGUGUUUUUUCCACUUUCGAUCUUUGCUGAAAUAGUUUCAUCAAAUCCUGCUCUGGAUAAGCGGGAAGCUUCUUGGGUUGCCUCAAAAAUCAAAAUUGAUAAAAAGAUUGCUCUGGUUGAAAAAGUAAGAGUAUUUUUAUGAUUUAUCACUGUUUUUUGCUUAAUCUUUGAGCCUCCCAUCGCUCCAUGCUUAAUUACGGCCACCUGCUCAAGGUUUGCAAACAUUGUUAUUGGGAUGAACAACGGCGAUCUAUGGGAUUGCAGAGAUAAACUAGUACAGGGAUCCCAUACUAUCUUACCAAAUUGCUCUGUCUUUCAUAGAGUAAGCUGCAUUCCCUAAGAGAUCAUAUAGACAGGCAGAAUUUGGUGAUUUCUUAUAAAAAAUCAAAGCUAGCCCUGAUCAGAGAUGAGAUGAGACGAAGGACCACUGGAAAUCAUUGACCUUGGGAUGACAAUUCUAUUAUUUAUGUCUUCCUCUGGCUUUACCUUAUCUCCUCCACCCAAAAUUGGCAUUUUCUUUGCAAAUGUAUAGUAAGGUUGCUUAUGUAUAGUAUACUAUUUGCACCUCUUGAUCCAAUCCACAGGUUUCGGUUUCAGCAAACAUGUAUCCUGGUGGUGGGUACACAAUUGAAGUAACAAGCUUGUCUCAUAAAGCAACAGAGAAGGAUGUCCAUGAUUUCUUCACUCACUGUGGUACAGUUGAGAACAUUGAAAUCAUCAGAUCUGGCGAAUACGCUUGCACUGCCUAUGUGACAUUUAGAGAUGCCUAUGCUCUUGAAACUGCCAUCCUCCUCAGCGGAGCUAGAAUUGCAGAUCAACCUGUGUGCAUUUCACUUUGGGGCACCCAGAUAUAUGAAUCUGACAAUCCUUGGAACAGCCCUUCCUGGCAACCUGAAGGCAGAGCUUCAGCUUACCAUGAGGCAACUCAUCAUGUGAACCACCUGGCUUCCAGCCCAGGGGAAGCCGUGACAGUGGCACAAGAAGUGGUGAAAACGAUGCUGGCAAAAGGAUACGUCUUGGGGAAAGACGCGCUGGUGAAGGCCAGAGCGCUGGACGAGUCCCACAAGGUGUCAGCUGUUGCUGCAGCGAAAGUGGCCGAGCUCAGCAGCAGAAUUGGGCUGACGGAGUCGAUACAAUCAGGGAUGGAGACUGCGAGAUUUAUCGACGAGAAGUACCACGUGUCGGACAUCACCAAGACGGCGGUGCUGUACACGGGAGCGGCAGCUGUGACUGCUGCCACCAUCACGGGCCGGACCGCGGCUGCCGCAGCCCAUGCGGUGGUGAACAGCAUUUACUUCGCCCAGGGUGCGGUCUGGGUCUCGGAUGUUCUGGGCCGUGCGGCCCAUGCAGCCGCGGAGUUUGGACAUAAAGGGAGCAAAUAAGGUAAGGGAAUGGAGAAGUGAAAGGUAGCUAGCUGUAUGUGUUGGUGAAAUAUCAAAUAAGAAUUGGUCAAUUUUUUCAUUGUUUGUGGUCAUAUUACUAUUAGACCAGCCUAGCUCUAGGCCUUAAAAAUCAUCUCGUGAUUGUGACAAGAAGAACCCUCCUCUAAUCGACUGGUUUGCCAGCCGAGUUAUUCUCUUGUUUUCCUUUUAUGAUUGGAGUUCAAAACAUUUGUUUGAAGUAAUUACCUCAUUUCUCAUAAAAAAACUAGUAAAUUUAUGAGAAUGGA